AUGACUGCGAAGCCCACAGAGAAGACGACGCGCCCGCUGAUCACGAACAAGCCGUGUAACACGUCGGCCUCAGUGCCAAAGGCCGUGCAGCGCAACCUUGCAUUGAGCUGUGAUGUCAUCGUGUGGGCCCCACUGUCUGCGGGCUGUGGGCUGCUCUUCCUCAUCCUCAUCAUCACCAUUACCUACUGCAACAAGGUCCGAACGAGACGCUGUCCUCACCACUACAAGAGAAGACCAAAGAAGGAAGUAAACGGAAGACCAUCGGUUCCGGACAGAUAUGUUUAAGCAGAAACAGUGUCCCGAGCCCCCGGGCCGCGCGAGGAGCCCACGCCGCUGUGGAGUUCAGUGUCUCGUUUCUCUACACUAAAGCUGUACAGCAGCUUUAUUUUCGCUGACUUCAGAAAAUGCUGAUGGCGGAACUGGCGCAUGGCAAGCGGUAAUGUGUAUCUUGUAAAAUGCUCAUUCUUGCCCUACUGUAUGUUUGUGCUGUAUAAAGGUUGUUCAGAGUCCUGAGAAACUGUAAUGGAAGACUAUGGCUUUCUGAAUCCAUGCCUGUAUAUGUUAACCAUUGCGUUUAAUGCACUCGCAUUUUCUCAAGUUUAUUUGUUUAAUACAAUGCAUCUAUGUAUGUGUAUAUCAAAAACACGUCCCAUUAUAACUGUGCAUCCAAGACUUUCAGUUUACUGAAUUGAGAUAUUGAGAUCUGCAGGUGUAAUGAUAAUAUAUUGUUUGAAUUAAAAUAAACUGAACUGAUAAUCAUUUUACGCAUGUUCUCUUUAGUUUGUAAAUAUAUGGACAGGCUUGCCCAGCAGUGGCUGAACAGAUUGAAAAUGCAGCCUUGAGUUUAUUUUAGCGUGACAAGAGAUGUUAAUGUCGCAGAAAUAUGCUGGGCGAGAAAUAAAGCGAUGUUUUGCACAACCCCA